AUGUCGAACUCCAUACCGGUGACGACAAAGACUGGUCCCUCUGAAAACGUACGGGCCGCUUUGUCAAACAACCAGACGCUUCACAUGGGUUUGAGCGGGCUGGCCAUGCCGCCCGAUACCGGUACUACUACUCAUCAUCCAGCGUCUCUGAACAGUACAAAUUCGAUCGCUUCGCACGGCGGAAUCAAGAACACUUCUGGAGGAACCAGUAAUCCAAGCGUGGGCGGGCCCAGUUUGGCAGACAUCCUGGGGGCCACUGAAACUCCUCCGCAUGCGAGUUCUAGCAACAGCAGUCAUCCCACAGUUGGAAGCCACGCAACACCACUUUCCAAUGACAGAGCAUCUUGUACGGCAACCACGCACAACAGCUCUACCACCAGACACACUGGGAACGGGAACGGGAACGGGAACGGGACUGGGUCUGGCAAUGGGACUGGAAAUGGUGCCGAUUCACACUCUCCAGCGCAUUUUGGAGUGCUCUCGCAUAUCUCUGGCGGCCCGGAGCUGGCCUCUGGAGCUACUAACUCGACCACCACCAGCGUGCAGAUCUGCCAACGCAUGGACGAGGUCAGUGCUCGCAUGAUUGCGAUGGAAGAGAUGUUUAACAAGCUUUGCUGCAAGAUCAGUGAUCAGGAAAUGACAAUCCAGCAUUUGAGACAGCAAAGCGAGCAAUUUCUGAGCUGCAUUUUAACAGAAAUUCGUCAAGUCAACCACAGUAUUCCUGUGCUCGAUAACCCAGACGACAAUGAGAAGGACGGGUUCGUCACGGAUCUUUUGAACUCCAUCACAAACGUCAGCUCUAAUUAUUUGAAGAAAGUUAACUCCAAACACACCCAGAAAUACAAACGCCAGCGAUCUUCGUUGAGUGAGCCCGAGGGCAAUCAACCCAAGCAGACAAAUCCGCCGUCUUCAGCACAUAACUCUGUGAAUGUCGGUGACAAAAACCCCACUCAGGCCAUCCCAAACCUGCAACAACAGCCGCCAGCGGCGGCAGCAGCUACAGCAGAUGGAAGACCACCGGUCCCCAUCGCACAAGAUACAAACUCCACCAAUAUGGCUUUGCCGCACUAUCUCACGCAACGAUCUUUUACUUUGAAUCCGAACGGCAUCAAACGCAGAAGAGCCAACACCACGGCCACGAACAACACACCGAUAGCGGCCCAAAUAAAUCAAGACUUUGCCGCUUCUUCUAAUGGACUGGGGUCAAUGAGUCUUCCAAACAUAACUCUGGAAAAUAUGGCACGGAAAUAUGGCUCAAAUUCCAACACCGGCUCCUAUCCCUCAAUUCUGGACAACGUGAGCACGAGCAGCAAGCCUCGCAGCCGCGCAAUCGACAUACAAGUUGGGUCCGAAAGCGCAUCCAGUUCUGACUCGUCAGACGAGGAGGACGGGUACCAGGAAGAGGACGAGGAUCACAACAGCGACGCGUUCGGACCGCAGUUUAGUCUUCGUCAGCACCAGCGUGGGGGGUCCAAUAGGGCUCAAGAAAUGGGCUUCGAGGCCUCGUACGCCGAUUUUUUCGGGUCUAGCGGUCACAGCCUGUCGCGAUCCAGCAGUCACAAAACGCAGCGAGAUGCAGUUGCAGUUGCGAACACGCAUGCACACAUAACCCGCGAUUCAAGUGGAAAGGGCUCGCGGAGGGGGAACUCGAGCAGUCAAGAACGCGAUCUAAAUUACACGCUCCUAAAGGCUCCUGCAAACGUCAGGGCCAUAUGGCAGGAGUACAUAGAGGGCAUUGACGGCAAUCCGUCCGUCAAGUUUCUGGAAGAUGUUUACGGGAACAGAUGGCGUCUCAAGAAAAACGUCAAGACUUUUGCGCGACGCAAACGGCUCUACAAGUUUAUCCUGAAUGGUUUGAAGCGAGGCCACACCGCUGACGAGAUGAUCGACGUGCUGGAAAAAAGAAGGAUUUACAAGAACGAGCAUGGAGAGGUGAAGAAACGUACCAUUGGAUGGUUGCAACAAAGUCUGAGCGGUAUUUAA